AUGUUUGUCUUAAUCAUCAAAAUAGUGGCAAACCUUAUAAUCUAUGCGAUCGUCGGCUCUAUUGUCGGCCCACUUGUGAUCUGUUUGUGGCGAACAUAUGCGGCGCCCAAGAAGUCGGAACCGAUGAGAGGGCGUCCACUGGAUCCGAGCCUACCAUCCGGCGCGUGGGUUAACGUCAACCAUCACCGCUCGGCCGAAGACAAACGCCGACAGAUUGUCGACCGAUCGGCAAAUAUGGCGCAACUCUUCGCCCGUAUUGUCGGCCAGUAUUCGCGGAACCGAUGCUUUGGUUAUCGACCUCUUUUGGCCGAAGACCACGCCAUACAACCGGACGGACACGUGUUACGCAAGUUUACAUUAAACGAUUACCAGUGGCUCACGUAUGAAGAGGUGAACAGUCGUAUCGCUGGUGUGGCCGCCGGUCUGCGGGCCAUUGGCGUCAAGCGUCGGGACGUUGUCUGCAUAUACGCCGACACGAGACUGGAAUGGAUGGUCACGUGUCAGGCGGUAUGGCGUUUGGGUGCAGUCGUGGCCACCGUUUACACCAAUCUCGGCGACGACGGCGUCCUUCAUGUCGUCAAUCAAACAGAAGCCACUCAUUUGGUUACGAGCGACGAGUUUUUGACCAAAUUGGCGCCAAUUGUGGACAAAAUGCCGACAAUUAAACACAUAAUACACAUGAACUCAGGGAUAACUGAUCCGCUAGAAGUGGUCAGCGGUCUGUUUACCGAUACUCAAAGAGAAUCGAUUGAAUUUCACUCAUUUCAACGCAUUGAACAAAUGGGCAAAGAAUUGACUGAACAAUCGGCUGAAUCGGUGGCCACUGACGAGUCGAUCGGCGGCGACGAGACAGCGCUACUCAUGUAUACGUCCGGCUCGACGGGUGUUCCCAAAGGUGUGAUGAUAUCGCAUAAGAACCUGUUGUUCGCUGUCCGCGCUUUUUACGCCUUCGCCGACGCCCUCACACCCGGCGAAGACAUUUACGCCGCUUUCCUUCCGUUAGCCCAUUGUCUGGAAAUAUGCGCCGAAAUCUCGUUUCUGUCGGUCGGAGUGCCCGUCGGCUACUGCUCUGUUCACACACUCACCGACCGAUCGCUGGGCCUUCAGAAGGGAAUGAAAGGAGACUUAACUCUACUGCGGCCGACAGUGAUGGCAGCGGUUCCCCUCAUUUUGGACCGCAUUAUGAAAGCGAUCACCGAUGAGGUCGACAAACGACCGCUAAUAUUGCGACUCGUAAUCAACGCUAUACUCAAAUACAAGAGUUUCUGCGCCGCAAACGGAUUGAACACUCCGUUAAUCAAUCACUUUGUUUGCCGUAAAUUCGCAGCCCUUAUGGGCGGUCGGCUUCGGUUCAUAGCCAGCGGCGGUGCGCCUCUCAGACCAGAAACUCAUCGAUUUAUAUGUAACUUAUUUAACGUUAAAGUAUUACAGGGCUACGGCUUGACUGAGACGACCGCAGCGGCCACUAUCAUGACAUUGGAUGACGAGAGUGUGGGCCGAGUGGGACCACCGAUGGACGGGGCGCUCAUCAAAAUAGAUUUAGUCGAUUGGACUGAAGUCAGUGAUACUGUGGGCGAGAGUCCAGUGGCGAGAGGAGAGUUGCUGAUUGGCGGCGGGUGUGUGACCAACGGCUACUUCAAAGAUCCCGAACUAACCGAACAGUACUUUAAAGUGGACGACGAGGUGAAGUGGUUCCGCACGGGUGAUAUCGGCGAACUGUAUGCCAACGGCACGAUCCGCAUCGUCGACAGGAUUAAGGAUAUCAUUAAGUUAUCUCAUGGAGAAUACGUCUCAUUAUCUCAAGUUGAGGAAAAACUGAAAUUAAUGCCAAUUGUGGCCAAUGUUUGCGUUUACGGCAAUUCACUCAACGAUGGCUUAAACGCGCUGAUAGUUCCCAAUCGUAACCAUUUGGAAGCGUUGGCUCGAAGUGUGUCAAAGUCUUCGCAGAUGGAUAUCAAACAACUUUGCGAUGAUUUGGAAAUCAUUGGAAAGGUUUUGGUCGAGUUGAAGGAGUUUUGCGUGAACUCCGGUUUAACUAAAGUACAAAUUCCAACAAAAAUCAAAUUAUGCGCCGAAGAAUGGCUUCCAGACAACGGUUUGGUCACCUCUUCGUUCAAAUUGAAACGAAAGGCAUUACAAGAAUACUAUAAUAAUGACAUCAAACCAUUGUUUGCCUCUUGAGAUAUGUUUUGCUGUUUUAGUGUUAGAUUCUGUACUCGUAUUACAUUUUGAAAA